UCCAAACGGUCACACUGCAGCAGGGUUAUCCAAUCAGAAGGCAAAACUAAAAUUCGUUUUUGUUAAUUAAAUUGCUGGAAAAAUGCUUCGGGCCGGCUGCCAAGUGCUGACACAAACCGCCCUGCCCGCCGGCAAGACGGGCGGCAACAGUUUUGCCUUGGAGUUUGUGCGCUGGCGAAGGAAACCCCGGUGGCUGCCGGUGGCCAAAAGCAAGGUGUUCCGCGUGCCGGAACGCAAGAAGCAAACGGAGGAGGAGCGAACGGAGCUAAUGCGGCUGCACAACCAGUACAAAACCCAACUCCGAUCGGUGCGUCAGUACCUGCGGGAGGAAGUCGUCCGACAUGAGGAAACCUCCACUGCGGAUCACAUUGUGCUCACACCCGAGCAGGAGGAGGCCGAGUUCCAAAAGUGCCUGGAUCUGAAUGCCGCCUGGAAUGCCAGAAUUGCCAAAGAGCGAGAAGCGAGGCUGGCAAAGGAGCGCGAAGAAAAGGUGGCCUAUGUGCAGGAGCGACUGGAGGCGAAGCAACUGCGCGAGGAGGAGCGCAGAGAGCAGGCCAAUCAGCGGGUGCUCCGCGAGAUUGAGCUCUCCAAGACAUACAUUACCAGGGAAAAUCUGGACGCUGCUAUCGAGGCGGCCCUGGCCAAUCCGGUGGACCACAACUUUGCCAUCGACCUGGACGGGAAUCUGUACCGCGGACGCAAUACCUCUCAGCUAACAGAAGCCAGUCCCAAUCCUAACCCGGAACCCAACCAGCAGGCCUUGAGUAAUUAAUUUUUCUACCUUUGUUCGUUACAUUAAAAGUGCUUUUUAGCUUAAA